AUGUCAGGCUUCUCAACGCCCAAGCGACAGUUCGACGAACUUACGGAGGAUAUUGUGCGAAGCGAAGAUCACGGCUCCAUCGCGCCCAAAAGGAAUAAGCUCAAAAUCCCCACGACACAACCUCGUGACGGUCUUACCCCAUUGACAGAGUAUAGUCUUUCCAACCUUCAAUAUGCCAGUGCUCAACCAAUCAGUUCUUUUCGUGCCCCAGAUGAGAUUAUAUGUUUUGGCAUGCUCAAAGGCAUACAAAUCCGCUUCAACGUUGCAUUACACGCGCAUUCCAUCAAUUCUGAUAGUUUCGAAGGAGAGAAUGAUACAUUUACAUCUCUCGAGCUCCAGAUUGCAAACGAUCGAUGCGACAUAGCCGUAAAAGGCAAUCUUGUUGCCACAAUGAACAGAAGAACCCAUUUCGCGCUCAAUUCGCUGUCAUGUGCAAGAGAGAUACAGCUUACGGGCAUGAUGCCCCGUUCAGAAUUCCAGAAGAAGUUGAAAGAAUCUAUGGUGCAUACGGGGGCCAAAGCCCAAGACCUAGCAUGUGUAAUGGCGAUAUCGGUUCUCGGAUCACGAGCCAUCGCACAACCUGUGGCGAAGGACCUCUCCAAGCACCAUCUUUUCUUGCAACACCCUCAGCCAAUACCCAGCCAUGUACCUUACGAGAACCCACAGUACCUAGACAUGGUCAGGUCCUCAUUCUCCAACGGAGCGCUUCUACCUCCAAUUUCAGUCGAGACACUGAGUCAAGAGAGAGACCAGUCAGGGGAUCUUGACCAAAGUGAAGACGUUGAUCUUGCAGCUGAAAUGGAUAAUCUGCCACGUCAUGAUUAUUUAACAGAAGUCAACCCUGAUUCUAGGAUUACAGUGGAACUUCUGAGUCACCAGAAAGAAGCACUCGAUUUCGUUCGGCACAGGGAAACAGUUGGGGGUAUCAAGGCGCGGAGUUUAUGGCGUCCUGAAUACGCUGCGGGUAGACCGGCAUUGUUCAAGCACGUCAUUACAGGCUCAUCAAGUGCGAAACCCGAAGACUCGCCUGGGGGCAUUCUCGCAGAUGGCAUGGGUCUUGGGAAGACCUUGACUAUGAUUGCUAGUAUCGUUGCUGGCAUAUCUCACACAGAAGAUAUCGAAAUGAAAAAUCAAGAUGAAGAUAAAGAAGCCACAACGACCCUAAUGCCUAUACAAUCUACGCUGGUGGUGGUACCUUCUCUUUCACUGCUGGACGGUUGGGUCGAUGAAAUUAAGAAACAUGUUUCUCAUGGAAGCUUGGCGUACUAUAAGUACCAUGGACCAAAACGAAUGCUUCCGUCGUCCUCGCCUCCUCCAUAUCAUAUAGUGCUCACGACUUACGGCACGGUAGCCGCAGAUGCUAGAAGAGGGGGUGGUGUCCUUAGCUGCUUCCACUGGUACCGAAUCAUUCUCGAUGAAGCUCAUGUAAUACGCAACGGGUCCACAUCACAGUUCAAAGCUGUAGUUAGCCUAUCUGCAUCCGUUCGAUGGUGCAUGACAGGUACACCUAUGCAGAACUCUCUAGAAGACCUUCUUUCGCUUCUUAAGUUUCUCCGCAUUCCUAUGUUGAGCGACGCAAGAACCUUCCGGAGAUACAUUGCGGGUAACGGAAAGAUGACAAGUGGUGUUUCCAAGCCCAACUACGAGAACCUCAGGCUCUUACUCGGAUCGAUAUGUCUGAGGCGGUGCACUUCGGCCGUUCUGUCCUCUAUCGGCGUCUCCUUUGUGAAGCAUCGUCCCUGUCUAUCAGCCGCUGACCGCGCAGCUUAUGACGAGCUUGCAGCUAAGUGCAAAAAGUCCAUCUUGGCGGGCGUCAGCGGUCGGCCAUUUAAUGGAAUUUCAAAGUCAAUCAUGGCCGCUAUUCUGAGAUUGCGCAUCUUCUGCAAUACUGGACAACUUGUAGGUCCCAUGGAGGGGGGUAUUUUGGAUGAAGGCCUCGAGAGCCAGUUUGAACCGGACGAGAUGGUUAGCUUGUUGCAACAGAGCGGCGACACAAUAUGUGCAGAUUGUAGCUCUGAGAUACUCCUCUCUUUGCGUCCGGAAGAUGCCGUCGAAAGGCAUCACGGCAUCCUAAGGUGCCGCUCGAAAUGUCAGGCUUGUGCGCAGCGGAGCGCCAAUACGGAUGGGACUGAAAGAGUUCUGGGAGAUCGUGAGAUCCUCAACGUGGAAGCUACCCCAUGUGAUGCGAUGGAAGAUGUUCAAUAUGGCGACGACAGCUCCACUAUGCCAUCACAUACCCUAACUGGCGCUCAGUAUCCUGCAAAAUUAGAAGCAUUGCUCGCAGAUGUGAAAGAGUACAAUCUUGCAGAGAAGAGCAUAGUGUUCUCCUUCUGGAGACGGAGCCUCAACCUUGUAAGCAAGCUCUUCCGCAAUGAAGGUAUUGAUUUUCGCCGAGUAGAUGGCGAUAUCAAAACAUCUGCCCGGAGGCACAUUUUCAACGAAUUCCGCGAUAACCCGUCAGUACGUGUGCUUCUAAUGACCAUAGGAACGGGAGCUGUAGGACUUAACAAUCUCUCUGUUGCAAGCCGAGUACAUAUUCUCGAGCCCCAGUGGAAUCCAUCCAUGGAGGAUCAAGCGAUUGGCCGGGUCUUCCGUUUAGGACAGACUCAACAAGUCUGUGUUAUCCGGUACAUCGUGGAUAAGACAGUUGAAGAAAGCAUAGAGUCUCGCCAGGGAUUCAAGUUGCAGCUCGCCCUAAAAAGUGGGCUUCAUUCUUCAGAGCAGCAGAAUAGAAGGUCGAGGAGGAAUGCCCAACUCCAAGCAUUGAGUGAGAUUAUCAGGCCAACUUAA